GUAUCGAAUGUGUAUCCAGCCCUGGUCCGCAUACAGCCACGCGUCGUGGUGUCGUCACGUCGUCUGGAUUAUGUUAUAAUUUGAGCUACUUAAAAUCCAGCAUAAUUGAAACAGGAUGCUCCCUCAAUUGCAUAACAGCGAUUUUGCAUAAGUGUGUAUGUGUGUGUGCGUACGGCCAGGGAGGAUACACACAAAUACAUACUAAUCGACGGAACGUUUCACAAUUCAUUUUACUGGAUCAUCAAUAAUAUAAAACAAAUUCGAUAUACGCUGCAUAUUGCAUUUUUGCUGGAGUUAGUUGAUUGGAUAAUUUUGUUGCAACAACGCCGCAAAUUUGUUUUGGCUGCUAUCGAACAUAUUGUAUAUAUCGAUAGUUAACUGUAUGCGAUAAUUACCAUAACCCACAGUAUUUGUUUGAGCAAUCUUAACUGUUAGUAACAGUACAGCCGCCUGUUAAGUUCUUGAAUGCCAGAAACAUAACAUUAAACAAGCAGUGACACUUACAUAACGCGCAGUCACAGUCGUACGUCGAGUGAUAUGGCCGUGUUUCUGAUCAACAUCUGCAAAUUCAAUGGCUGUUUUAAAACUUUUCCAAGUCUAGGCGACUUAAUAUCACACAUCGAGGGAACACACAUAGACUAUGAUCCUAAGGUGGUCGAGCAAAAGGAGCUGGCACCGCCCCCGUCUCUGCCGCUGAGCUAUGUGCUGCGCUUCAUCUCAGAUGAUGCACGCAAGGAACCUUCCACUUUUCUGUCCAACACCACCAACAAUAACAACAGCGCCAGCAACACCGGCAGCAGCGGCAAUGCGGGCAACGCAGAGCUCAAGCGAAAGCUGGCCAUUAAGCAUCAUAGCUAUAGCAUGUCCUCGUCAAAUCGUAGCAACACGCCCACAGGCAGCGAAAUGGACGAAGAUGAAAUGGUUGUCACCGAAUCGGAGGAUAGCAAUGACUCUUGGACCACCGAGGAGUUUAGCUCGGAAUUUAUUAUGCGUUAUGGUAGCAGGCAUUCCGGUGGCGGCAGCAAUGGCACGCCUGGCAAUGAAAAACCUUUUGCGUGUCCCGUGCCCGGCUGCAAGAAGCGUUACAAGAACGUGAAUGGCAUUAAAUACCAUUCGAAGAACGGCCACAAAAAGGACGGCAGAGUGCGUAAGGGCUACAAAUGCCACUGCGGCAAGAGCUAUAAAACGGCGCAAGGCCUGAAAAACCAUGCACUGCUCACCCACAAUACACAGCCAGAGAGCGUUUUAACCGCUGAAAAUGUGAUUAGAUGCAAACCGGAGAACAAUAACAGCAGCAACAGCAGCAGCCUGGCCGGUAGCAACAAUGCUGGCAGCAACAAUGUCGGCCUGUUGCAGCGCAGCAAUUCACCAUCGCAGUCGCUGGGCUCGCUGAGUCCCUCCAGCAGCAACAUGUCGAGCAGCACCAGCACCAGCUGUCACGGCGCUGGCAGCUUGGGCAGCAAUAGCUUGUCUAGUAAUGCUGCCACUGCCACCAACAUGUUGCAGCAGCUUAGCAAUGGUAACAUUGUGACUGUCACAAAUUUGCCACAGCAGCAGCAACAAGCACUGCCGCAACAGCAACAGCAGCAGCAAAUGAGCGUCAGCACACUGUCGCAAAACGCCACAGCAACAACAACAACAGCAACAGAAACCUCUUACUCCUGCUCACACAACAACAACAGCAACAGCAGCAGCGACAGCAGCAAGCAACUUGCAACAGCCGCAACUGCAACAGCCAAGUACAAUCGGCCCACAGCAGCAGCCGCUACAGCAGCACCAAGCAAAACGUCGUCGUCAGCGACCACGCCCAUGCAAAUCUCGUACACCUUCAUUGAGCACAAGUAUUCCCUGGGUUUUAAAGAGAAAUUCCUGUCGAAUCUUCGCGCCAGCCGCAACGCAUCUGGUGGAGCGUCCAACGGCGACCAACUGGCCGCAACAGCUGCUGGCAUUGGGGCAGAGGCAGCAACGGUUGGCACAGUUGGUAGUGGCAGCGGUAGCGCCAAUCCCAACGCUGGCAACAUGCUUAGCGCUGUUGCUGUGGGCCAAAUGUGCGCGCUGCAGAACGAGCAUAUACAUCAAAAUCUCUACAAGAAAACAAUCAAUUGAGAGUGUGUGUGUGAGAUGAGAUAAGACCGGAUCAGAUCAGUUCAGUUCAAAUUUGGGCACAGAUCGGACCGCAUAUAUAGAGAGUUGGCUGUGAUGAAGUAGUUUUAUGUCUGAGGAGAGCAAGAGGAUUUGUCAAGAAAGCAGUAGAGAAUUAGGAAGAGAGAAGCAUUAGGAGAGCAAAUACGCAAGUUUUCAUGCCGUUCAAUAAUAUUUUAAACAAAUGAAAAAACAAACACAAACAAAACACAAUUUAUUUUUCUAUAUAAAUGUAAAAAAAAAAAAAACUAGCAAACACUUUCGCACAUUUCACAAACUUUAACCAAGUCUAAAAAACAACGAUUGGCAGUAACAAAAACAAAAACACAAAUAUAUAUAUAUAAAACCUCUCUCUCUCUCUUAACUUUGCAUUAGAGAAUUAAAAAAAAAAAAAAAACAAACAAAAGCAAAACCCCAUUUAAAAAUUAACCAUAUAAUUUAGUGAAUACAUUUUUGAAGUUGUUUCUUCAACUAGUCAUUAUCGUAGUUAAAUUAAAUUUUUUGAUUUACAUGCACAUCUAGAAAUUUAUUACCAACUCAACUACUGUGGCUACUGUAUUAUGUAAGAUCGCAAACGAUUUCGGUUACCACGUAAUAGUUGGUUUAUAUAAUUUUCAUACAAAAAAUUCAUCAAAUUGACAACAGAAACAUAAAAUGUCGUUUUCUGCACAUUAGUUAAAUUUUUCGUUAGGCACGAAGUUAAAUUUGCCAAAAACUUCGUGUAAAGUAAAAAAAAUAUUGUAUCGAAUAUGCAAGCAAAUAAAAUAGCUAGCUACAAAUUACAAAUAAAAUAUAAAAAAAAAAAACAUUGAAAGUGAAGGAAUACAAAAAAAAGAAGCAUAAUAGAAGAGAAGCUUAAAAGCUUCAACUGUUUCCGUUUAGAAUCCACAAUAACUCUAUGGUAGUUAUAGUAUUAUAUGAUAUAAAUUAUAUAUAUAUAUAUUUGUAGUUAUAUGUGUGCACAUUUAAUUUAUAUAUGAAAUAAUUAUAUAUGUUCUCUAUUCAUGUGCGUGUCUCUGUGUGUGUCUGUACGAUUAUGAAAUUGAUAUAAUGAUUGUCUUAAUUCAAAUUUACGAUCGUCCUUAAAUGUAAUACAUUUUAUAAUCCUAUAUAUAUAUAUAUAUAUAGCUGUAUGUUCUAUUUCUAUGAUGCGAGUCAUAUUCAAAGUAUUUUAUGCAUGCAUACAAAAUUAACAUUAAUAAUUAGAAACUAUUUAAAACAUAACAAAACAACAAAAUAUGGAAGUGUUAGUCGCCCCCAACAAUAAAAAAAAUAUGUAAUUGGGUUCCUUAUGUACGAAUAAUGCAUAAAAUUGAAAGAAAUGAAAGAAAAACAUGAUACGAAACAGAACAAAUUAAUUGACAUUUUUAAUAUAUACACUACCUUAUACAAACAUAUAAAAAUAAUUAUAUAAAUAUAUAUUAUAUAUAUAUAUACAUAAUAUUAAUGAAUAAUUAGUAUACCUAAAGCCGCCAACCGCCAAACAACAAAUUUUGAUGCGCAUUUGCAGACGCCCAGCGUCUUAAAUUAGACUACAAAUACUACUAAAUAAUAAAUGUGCCCCCCUCCCAAAACGUAUAUAAACUAUCUUUAAGACCACACGCUUAUGCGGCUUUAACCGGCCGAUAUAGUUUAGCUAUCAACUUUUAUAUCAACAAAUAAAAUGAAAACAACGUAAAAAGCUAUGCUUCGGCUCACCGAAGCUGACAUACCCUUGCAGAUCAAAUUUAAUACAAUCAAUCAAGUUAUUGAGAGACACAUUCGUCCUUCCGCUAUUAUCAUAGACUCUUAUCAAAGAGUCGAAAAAUAUUCUGCAUUCACAACAAGUUUUCUAUCCGUGCGAUCUGUAGGCGUAUACAAAAACACUUUUGCGCUACAAUAUAAAAACUGAAAUAGGCAAAUAAAUAAACCUUGGAAACCAACUCAAACCUUCUAAUGAAAACAAUAAAUUAAAUAUAUACCUAUUUCUAUAUUUAAAUGUAUUUCAUCUUAUAUAAGACUGCUGUUAUGUUCGUAAAUAUAUUUAAUAUAUAUUAUAAUUAACGAAAAAUAUAAACCAUACAACACAUAAUAAAUUAUAUGAAGAAAAAACAAAAAAAAAAAAUGCAAGCUACAUGAAUAGUUAGUAUAUUCAUACUCAACCUAUAUACAUACGACUAUGUACUAUACUAUAUACAUAUAUAUAUAUAUAUAUAUUAAAUGUACUGUAGUUUACUAAAACUCGUUAUUAUGUACAUGUAGAGAAAUAUUUGAAGCGUAUGUGUAUGCAACCAUCAAAAAUCAACUUAUAUUGUAACAAGGGCUAAAGUUGUAGAAACUUGAAAUAUGACGGGUUUUAAUAUCAAGUAACCUAACUACAUAAAAAAACGACAUCAUCAUUAACAUUAUCAUCCACAAACAAAAAAUAAAA